UCAAAGUUCUCAACUUGUUUCUUAAGUGAUGCGUUAGAAGAAGCUGAAGAAGGGAAAACAACAAAGAGAGUUACUUCACACACAACUUCAAGGACUACAAAGGAUCUGUCCCUCCUCUCACUAUAUAAUUCAUCAAAUCCAGUUGUUUGUUUUUCUCUUUCUAACCAAGAAGAAGAUUUUAUAGUUUCACUUCUUCUGCACAUCAUAGAAAUCUAUUUUCAAGCAAGUUGAUAGUACUCAAGACAACUAGAAUUCAUGGAAACUAUUCCUCAGUUGCAGAAGAAGUUAAUUGAUUACCAAACCUCUUUGUUCAAUGAGGGAAUUCUGGACGCUCAGUUUAACCAGCUUAAGGAAUUGCAAGAUGAAAACAAUCCAGAUUUUGUAGUUGAAGUGGUGACUCUUUUCUUUCAGGAUACUGAGAGGCUGCUUACUGAGUUGGCCCAGAUUUUAGAUCAGCAGAUCAUAGAUUUCAAUAGGUUGGAUGCUUAUGUUCAUCAGCUGAAAGGCAGCAGCUCCAGCAUUGGAGCUCAGAGAGUUCAAACAGUUUGUAUUCUCUUCCGCCAGUAUUGUCAAGAGAAGAACAUUGGAGAGUGUCUGAAAUGUCUGCAACAAUUAAAGCAAGAGUAUUACUCUGUGAAAAACAAGCUUGAAACUCUCUUUAAGCUCGAGAAACAAGUCCAGGAAGCUGGUGGGACGAUUCGUGUGCAAUGAAAUGCAGCAAAUUUAUGAUCAAUCUGCAGACAAAAUUAGAUAAGCUAGAGAUCAGUAUGGAUCAGUUGGGUAUGUAGAGAAGUACUAUUAUCUGUCUUUCUUUGUUGUUAUUGAGUCAAUUUAGUUCAUGUCAGCAAGAUUUAAGCUACCGGAGAGGGUUAAUCAGCUUUCCAUCUUAAUAAACUGAGCUUGCAUAAUAUCAUCUAAUGUAUCACCAGUGAAGAUCAAUAAUGUCAAUAAAUUAACCCCUCCAUUAUCUAUAAUAUUUGGCCAUGUCCCCAUCUGGGUCAACUAAGUUUAGGAACCAUGUAUAGUGUAUUGUACAUUUGUAUGAAACUCUUGCUUCAAGGAACAAAAUGAAUGCACCACCCAGGUAAAAACUUGAAGCCA